AGCUCCUUCUGACAGUCACCUUAACUACACGCCCAACCUCCAAAGUGACAUUUUGAGCUAAACUCAGUCUUCCUGCAACCAGUAGAAAAACAAUCAAAGCUAAAACGAUGGAAGAAUCAUCAUAUUUUCUAGCAAAGAUCUCAUCUUUGCUCAUGUUUCUGUUUUACGUCUCUGCAACUUCAGGGAGUCCAGAGGAAAUCGAAGCUCUGAGAAGUUUACGCGGAGCUCUGGGUAUACAGAAGUCGGAAUGGCCUGAUGAGAUCGGAGCCUGCAAAUGGCGGGGUAUAACAUGCUGGGGCAACCGCGUUAUAGGCAUUCAACUCAUGGGUCUUAGUAGCAGUAAUGGAAACUGCACUGUUCCUGAUCCGAUUGCAAGUUUAACUGCUCUGCAACACCUCGACCUGCGGAAUGCGACGUUACAGGGUCGAAUCCCACCAUGGCUCGCAAGCCUGGGAGAGCUUCGUACCCUCAGAUUGUCUCGCAACAAUCUCACAGGGCCCAUACCGCCGCAGCUUUCCAGGCUUUCCCAAAUCACUUAUCUGGAUUUGUCACACAACAAUUUAGUGGGCACUUUUCCGGUUUCUCUCUUUAAUUUCACCGGUUUGGUGACCCUGAAUCUGGCGGCCAACAAUUUCAGUGGACCUCUUCCUAGUUCAGUGAAAAUUUUGAGGAGCUUGCAGAGGCUGUUUUUGUCUUUCAAUGCAUUUUCCGGCAGUUUGCCACCUGAGUUGACGGAGCUGCCCAAGCUCAAUACAUUGCAGUUGGCUGUCAAUCAGUUUUCCGGGCCUUUGCCCCAAGGUAUGUCAAAGAUGAAGUUUUUGGUGCGGUUGGACUUGAGAGGAAAUUUUUUCAAUGGGUCUGUGCCGGAGAAGUUGAAACCCAUUUCAAAAACUUCAAGAAAUUGCUUCUUCAAUGUUUCCAAUCAGCACAGGGAGAGAUCUUGUAGAUUUUUUUAUAGAAAUAGAACUGCACGCGCCCAUUCAAUCUUGCCCAGGAGCUUCAACAGUACAAAUGGUAGUGUAAUAGUUGUGUCAGGGGAAAUCAAGAAGAAAGGAGAUGGAGUCACAAGAAAUCUUGCAGCCAUUGUUGGAGGCAGUGCUGCAGGGCUUGUUCUGAUACUCAUAAUUGGUAUGAUGGUUAUGUGCAUUCUGAGAAGUGAAGCAAGAAUUGUGAACUCAACUGUGGGUAAGGGUCCGGAAGGAAUAGAAGAAAUACAAGGAGCCAAUUUGGGAGAGAAGUUUACAUAUGCCCAGCUUGUAGAAGCCACCAAUAUGUUUCAUUCUGAGUGUUUGAUCAGAGUGGGUCAUUCUGGAGAUUUUUACAAAGGGGUAUUAGAGGGCGGUGCUGAGGUGGUUGUGAAGAGGAUAGAUUUGAAUAAGGUGAAGAAGGGUGAGUAUAUUAGGGAGCUUGAGGUUUUUGGCAAGGCUUCUCAUACUAGACUUGUUCCUCUGCUAGGUCACUGCUUGGAUAUGAAGGAGGAGAAGUUUCUUGUGUAUAAAUAUAUGCCUAAUGGAGAUCUUGAAUCUGUUUUGAGAAAGAAGACAGCUCAUAAUAUCAAUAAUUUCUUUCUUCAUCCUUUGGAUUGGAUUGCCAGGUUAAAGAUUGUCAUAGGGAUUGCUGAGGGGUUGGCUUAUUUGCAUCAUGAGUGCUCUCCUCCAAUUAUGCACAGGGAGAUCAAGGCAAGCAGCAUUUUACUGGAUGACAAGUUUGAAGUAAGGCUUGGAAGCUUAAGCUCUGCAGGCAGUCCAGAUGAGGAUCAUCAGCCUGGCUUGGUUGCAAGGCUCUUAGCUAUUUCCCAUUCAUGGGACCAAGGAGAUUCCGGUUCAUCAAUGGCUACCAUUGCAAAUGACGUUUACAAUUUUGGCAAACUGCUACUAGAGAUAAUUUCUGGGGCAACUUCCACCAUUGAAUACAAUGAAACUCAUGGGGAAUCUUCAUGGAUAGAUAAUGUCUUGGCCCUGAUUGACACUCAAGAUAAGGAUACUCUGGCUCGGAUUGUUGACCCAUAUCUCAUUCUAGACGAGGAUUUACUGGAGGAAGUGUGGGCUGUAGCUGUAAUAGCAAAGGCUUGCCUCAACCCCCGCCCUGCCAGGAGGCCAAGCAUGCGCCAUGUCCUCAGAGCUCUAGAAAACCCACACAAGGUUCUUCGAGCUGACAGUGUUGCAGAAAGGACAUCAUCCUAUAGCUCAUGGAAUGAGGCCUUUGGUAGUUGUAGGAGCUCCUAUGGCUCCCAGCGAUUGAACAUCCCAGGAACAUUUAGAGAAGAGUGCAUGUCCAAUGGCAAUUCAAAAGGCAGAAACCGAGGAGGCCAUGCCAGACCUGGUUCUAAUGACAUUGUUUCUGAGAAUGCACAAGAAGGGAGCGCCUGAAGCAGAGUAUUGGAAAACCCAUUUUCCUCAAUUAAAACAUUCCCCUGAAUUCUACUUGGCACGCCCAUCCAUCACAGCAGCAGCAUAUUGGGACACCAUGCAUUUUUAGAGAAUUUGCUCCAUUGUUGGUUACGGAAAAAUCUGUUCUGGCCUCUCUAGCCUAUUCUACGUUUGAGGAUCAGGCAUAAUGUCACUAUUUCAGUGUCAGCCAUGGGAGGGCCUAUAACACAGAUCCAAAGGCUGUUGUUUUAAUUAGUGUUUGCCCAUAUCUAUAUCUGUUGUAUCUACUGUUUUUACGCCUAGAUUCCUGGCCACCUGAACUGUUCUCGGGAUUUGAGGUAGUAUUAAUCUAUACAUUUCUCCAAAGCAUUCUAUGCCCAUGAAUUUCA